UGUGCGAUUUAUUGAACGCAUCCACUGCGUUGUGGUCGUCAAAUGUGUGUGUUUGUUUCGUUCGGGCAAACUGUCAAUAAGGUAAAGCGUUUAACUGCUUCUAGUGUUGUAUGUGACAAUCGGCGAAAACAAAAAUCUAUUAUUCUUUUUUUUCGAUUCGAGCGUAUUUUGUUUUUUUUUUUUUGGUUUGGGAUUUUUCAUAAACAGUCGACGGUGAGAACGAGUGUACGAGCAUUUUGUGUAUGUUGUGUUUUCGGGUCAUGUUUUCGUGGAUGUGACAGCUAACCGAUUCUACAGCUAUAAAUGCACGAUUAAAUGAAUUGCAUCCCAAUACAAUUUAAUUGAAUUUGGUUUAGUUUGUGAACAACAAUCCAGAGAAGCAAUAAAAAGGAAAGAAAAGGAAAAGAAAAAGGCAAAAUGAAACCGAGCACACCAACCACAACCGCCACAAAGUCCAUAUCAUCUGCGUCACCAUCGUCCAAAUCAAAGAGCAAAAAAUCAUCAUCGUCCUCGUCGAGCAGCAGCAGCGGCACAUCCAUCGCUGGCAAUGCCAUCAGUACCAGCACUACAAAUCAACAUUCAUCCACAACACAUACUGCGGCUGCCGCACAACAACCAAUCACUGUUCAAGCAAACCUAAAUCAUUUAAGCAACAGCAACGAUCAUGCAUCGCCCAGCUCAUCAAAUCGAGAGAAAACUAAUCAUCGCACGUACGUGGGAAUCAAUGCGAACAGUGUAAAAUGUAUUUGGGAGCAAUACAACAAAGGUGAUAUUGAAUUGAAUCCGGAAAUUUUGCCAAUACUCGCCGAAGAUGCUAGCUACAAGCUAUGGGAAGUGGUAAACAAUCUCAAGACAUUUACACGGCAUUCGGGUGGAAAAUUGACAACAAGCAUUGUCAAUGAAUUGCUUAAAGACUGUAAUGUACCGCCAAUAAUUGGUGCAAAUGCUGGACAUCGUGAAUGGAAGCGUUUAGAUUUUGAAGGUACAUACUUUUAUCCGGGUGAUGAGGUGAUCGAUUUGCGCGAAGAAUAUUUACGCGAUGAAACGCUUACACAGCACGGUCCAUUAACAUUGGAAGCGAAUUGGGUGUCAAAUCAGCGAAAUUUUAAGGAUUUAACCAAACUCUGGCAGAGUAUAAUGUUGGCCAUUGUGCUGGGCGAUGAUGCUGCGUUCCAGUAUACAAUCCAUACGACGCUGAUAAAUCCAUUUAUCGGAUGCAUUCUACCGCAUUUGGUGCAAAAAUCCAUUGAAUACUUAGCAUUCGGUUGUACGGAUGAUACGCUUGAUCGUUUAUUACGCUUCCUAAAAGUGCUUGUACAAAAUUAUCAUAGUCGUGAUGUGGCCAACAAUGAGGAAUACUUCAAUUUAUGUAAUUUAUUUGUGUGUUUGCUGCUCGGAACGGUUGACAUCAAAACUAAAUUGGCCAUCGUACGGAUGGAGCGUUCGAAGCGCGAAAAAUUGGAGAAGCAGCGUGAAAAAGAGGGAAAAUUGGUGGAAAAAACGACUGAAUCACUGGUGAAAAAUAUCAAAACGGAAUUUUGUAGUGCUAAAGACGGACGAGUCGAUGGAAGUGGCGGUGGUGACGGAGAAGGAGGAGGAGGAGGAGGAGAAGGAGGAGGAGGAAAAGGAAAAGGAGGAAAAGGAAAAGGAAAAGGAGGUGGUGGUGACGGUAGUGGCGGCGGUGGUACAGAUUCUGAUAAAGUGAUAAUCAAAGAUGAAUCCGACUAUUCGAAUGAUGUAUAUUCAAAUUAUGUGGUGAAUCCGGUGGCGUUGAGCAUUAAAACCGAAACACCGGACGAUCAACGAUUUUUCGACUGCGAUUCGGAUAUGAAAUUCGAAAAUAGUAUGUACAAUGCGGACUUUCAUGAUGAGCCCAUGUUUAAUGCGAGCGGCAAAAGUGCGGCCGACAUUAAAACCGAACACACAGAUAAUUUGCUACGGGACAAAUGUCCGAUCACCAUCAAUGGCGAAGACAUACAAACCUAUUGUGAUGAAGUGUUUUCACCGUUCGUAACUGGCGCUUGCAGUGAUCGAUAUGUGGAUGAAGUGUGUAAAUUGAUUGGCUAUUUGGCUGGGAAAUUGGGCUAUUUUGAGCAUGAAACGACUUAUUUGCUGGCCAAACGAUUGGAGAUCUUCUUCUUUGACAGCGCACGAAUCGGUGCACAUCGAUGGUCAACACAUGAUUUCAAAUGGUUGGCACGCAUCACACAAGCAUUGACCGCACUUGGUGAAACGGCCUUCCGUGAACUGACACUCUACUUCGAACACAUACCAUACGAUCAAAUGCCCGAAUGGCUAAUACCACAUCUAAGCUACGGUGCGAUCUAUAUACGCGGACGAAAAGAUUUAUAUUUUUAUGAAUAUAUGCAAGAGGUGUGCGGCGAUGCGUUGCUCCCAUUUUUACUGUACCAUCCGAAAUAUGUGGCAAAACUACAGAAAUUGGCUGUAUUGAAAAAGAAACGGCGACCAACCACUGCACCGCCACCAUUAAAAAUUAGCUCAAAAUCAAUGCUACGAUUUAGUGAACGAAAACAUUUACACAGCAAACAAACGACACGACCCGCAUCACAACCAAACAUCGAUGACCUAUUUCCCGAACGAAUUAAACACAUCCAGAGAAUGAUGACAACAGCAUCAUCAUCGUCAUCCAUGUCGUCGUCAUCAUCAUCAUCCACAUCGUCAUUUUUGUCCACGGCAACGCAACGACGAAUUGGUUUCAAAUUUGCCGGUUGCUGUCCCGUACUCACCAAAUCCACCAGCAUUAAACGCAGCGCCGAACAACAAUUCGUUCAAUCAUUCGAUUUGUAUAACAAAUUAAAUAAGCGCAUUGUCAUUUGUAGACGAAAAUUGUUAAAACCCAUUUAUAUCAAUCAUUCGGCCAAUUUAAGUCAUUUAACCGAUAACCGGCAGUACAACAUUUAGGAUAAAUAAUAAACAAAACACCCGACACCCGACAUACACACAUAUUGCAAAUACAAACUCAAUGCAAACAAACAGAAAAAACCGCCGAUGUAAUACAGGGGCGGAGACUAAGUGAAAGAGAGAGAGAGAGAGAGAGAGAGAGAGAGAGAGAGAGAACGAUAAAAAAACAAACAAAUUUGAAAAAAAAGAGAGAAAAAUAAAUAUUUCAAUUUUAACAGAAAAAAAAAA